AUGCUGUCGAGUCCGACGACGUCAAACUGGCUUCGGACUUCGCCACUUGAGAUUCUCAUAAUGCGCUGUUGCGAACCAUCAUUACCAGAACCAAACUAUGCUCUCCAUAUCGAGGUUGCCAAUUAUAUCAAUAACAAGAAGGCCAAUACGCCCCGGGAGGCAGCGAUGCUCACAGCGCGCCUUGCAAACAACCGUAAUCCGCACAUUGCCAUCCUCGCUCUCGCACUGCUAGAUACCCUCGUGCAAUCAUGUGGAUACCCUUUUCACCUUCAAAUAUCUACCAAGGAGUUCUUAAAUGAACUCGUACGUCGAUUCCCCGAGCGACCGCCUCCGUUCCCGGGCCCGGUCAUGUCUCGGAUUCUCGAGCUCAUACACUCCUGGAAAGAGAGUAUAUGUGUGGAAUCUAGGUGGAAAGACGAUCUAGGGAAUAUCAGGGAUAUGCAUAGGCUCUUGACGUUCAAAGGUUACCGAUUUCGAGAAUUGCCUCAGGCGUCGUCUUUGGCUACGGCCGCGAAUCUCAAAACCGCCGAAGAGCUUGAGGAGGAGGAUAGAGAAGCGCAGUCGGCCAAGUUGCAGGAACUUAUUCGUAGAGGGACACCCAGAGAUCUCGCCGCUGCUCAGGAGCUCAUGAAGUCCCUCGCUGGGGCAAAUCCUGACGCCAAGCCAGAUUACAAGACACAGGCUUUGGCUGAUCUCAAUAAGCUUGAAUCAAAGGUGGUCCUGUUGAAUGAGAUGCUGGAUAAUGUGGAUACGACGAGAGGAGAAAGGAUUGUCUCUGGCGAUGUGUACGAGCAAGUAGCUUCGAUACUAAUUGCUGCUAGGCCGAAAAUACAGAAGUGGAUAUCGGAUGCGGAGACCCACGAUCCAGAAUCCUUGGAUACAUUCCUACAAAUGAAUGAUCAAAUAAACACCGCACUGGAUCGUUAUGAAGCCUACAAAAAGGGAGACUACGCCACUGCUGCCAACCCCAUACCCACCGAAUUAUCUUCUACCCGUAAUGAUCUCUCACUGAUUGACUUGGACGACCCGGUACCAUCAAGCAGUAGCGCCCCAACGGCAUCUGGUCCAGACGACCUUGCUGGGCUUUUCGGCUCCCCCCAACCUCAACCCCAGCCUCAACAUCAGCCUCUCGCCCAACACUUGAAUGCGAACCUCAUCGCGACAUCUACGUACGCCCCGUCUCCCAUUGGAACCAGUGGCGCCGGCAACUUCAACCCGCUAUUAAGGCCCACUUCGAUGUCACCUCCUGCAUCUUCUACUACACCACCUGCUUCCAUUAUGCUACCUUCGACGCCUGGGGUAGGUUCGCCAUCUGUCCCGAAUUAUGAUGUCGGCAAUAGGAAUGGUUCGACGGGGAUGGGGACAGGACAAGGGCUUGGGAUUUUGCAUCCUACACCUCAGCAGAUGUUCGCCUCGCAGCAGUCGUCCUUUAGUCCGCCACAGCAGUCGUUCAACCCAAUGCAAGGUAGCAUGCAGCAGACAUUCCGAGCCUCCACGUACUAUCAGCAGCAGCAAUUCCAGCAGCCGUUGCAGUCUCAUCAACAACCGCAGCAGCAGCAGCAGCAGACCCAAAGGAAGGAUCCUUUUGAUGAUCUUGUUGGAUUGUUCUAG